AUGGUUAAAGGGAGUAUUGUUCUCCUUAGAAGUUAUGGGUUUGAGCAGUUGCGUUUGCAGGAAUUAACCCAGCUAAUACUACAACCUGUUUUCUCAUUCUCUUCAACUUUCCUGUUUGCUUUGAAGAAGAAACAAGCUCCAAAAAAUGGAUCCCAGCCCUUUUGUAAGGAUCCUGGUGGGAAAUUUGGCUCUGAAAUUUCCACCAUCAACAAACACCUCACUCUCAAGAGUUCACCCUUCCACUUUCUUGACAAGUCUCAGAUCGAUAGAAUCUUGAGGGGUUCUUCGUGCAAAGUUUCUGUCAAGGUUUAUUAUGGUUCUAAUGGGAGCACUUGUGCAUUGGCUUAUAACAAGUUGUUGGAGAAGGUCACGAUACCAUUGGAUCUACGUGGAGCUGAAUCAAGACCAACCGAACCAGACCCGAGAUUUGUGUUCCAAUUCGGUGGCAAACCUGAGUGUAGUCCUCAGGUUUUCCGGGAUCAAGGAAAUCUUAAACAGGCUGUCUUCACUUGCAAGUUCGGUUUCAGAAACUCCAGCAACAGGAGCUUGGGAUCAUCUUUGUCUGAAUCAAAAACUUCGAGGAAUUGGCUACUUCCUUUGAAAUUUGAUAAAGAGCAAUCCUCCUAA